CCGGGCGUGCGGUGCGUGAGUGUGAGCGGUGUCCCUUUGCAGCGAGAAAGACCCCUUGCGUAUUUCUGACCAAACUGGCCCAAAUGGGGGAACCCCGGGCUGGGGCCCCCCUGGACGAUGGCAGCGGCUGGACAGGCAGUGAGGAAGGCAGUGAAGAGGGCACCGGCGGCAGCGAGGGGGCUGGGGGAGACGGGGGCCCAGAUGCAGAGGGUGUCUGGAGCCCAGACAUUGAGCAGAGCUUCCAGGAAGCCCUGGCCAUCUACCCGCCAUGUGGCCGUCGGAAAAUCAUUCUGUCUGAUGAAGGCAAGAUGUAUGGUCGUAAUGAACUGAUUGCCCGCUACAUCAAGCUGAGAACAGGGAAGACCCGGACUCGCAAACAGGUCUCUAGUCAUAUCCAGGUUUUGGCUCGAAGGAAAUCGAGGGAAAUCCAGUCCAAACUGAAGGCCUUGAAUGUGGACCAGGUUUCUAAGGACAAGGCUUUCCAGACGAUGGCUACCAUGUCCUCUGCCCAGCUCAUCUCAGCACCUUCCCUACAGGCCAAACUGGGUCCUGCCGGUCCUCAGGCCACUGAACUUUUCCAGUUUUGGUCAGGGGGCUCUGGCCCACCCUGGAAUGUUCCAGACGUGAAGCCAUUCUCACAGACACCGUUCUCCUUGUCACUGACUCCCCCAUCUACUGACCUCCCAGGGUACGAGCCUCCCCAAGCCCUCUCACCCCUGCCUCCACCUGCCCCAUCACCCCCAGCCUGGCAGGCUCGGGCUCUGGGCACUGCCCGGUUGCAGCUGGUGGAGUUCUCAGCCUUUGUGGAACCACCCGAUGCAGUUGACUCUUACCAGAGGCACCUGUUUGUGCACAUCAGUCAGCAUUGUCCCAGUCCUGGAGCACUGCCAUUGGAGAGUGUGGACGUCCGGCAGAUCUACGACAAAUUUCCUGAGAAAAAGGGUGGUCUGCGGGAGCUGUAUGAUCGAGGCCCUCCCCAUGCCUUUUUCUUGGUCAAGUUCUGGGCGGACCUGAACUGGGGCCCAAGUGGUGAGGAGGCGGGGGCUGGCAGCAGUGGCGGCAGCAGCGGUGGCUUCUAUGGAGUGAGCAGCCAGUACGAGAGCCUGGAGCACAUGACCCUCACCUGCUCCUCCAAGGUCUGCUCCUUUGGCAAGCAGGUGGUGGAGAAGGUGGAGACGGAGCGGGCCCAGCUAGAGGACGGGCGCUUUGUGUACCGUCUGCUGCGCUCACCUAUGUGCGAGUACCUGGUGAAUUUCUUGCACAAGCUGCGGCAGCUGCCCGAGCGAUACAUGAUGAACAGCGUCCUUGAGAACUUUACCAUCCUCCAGGUGGUGACAAACAGAGAUACCCAGGAACUGCUGCUCUGCACCGCCUACGUCUUCGAGGUCUCCACCAGUGAGCGUGGGGCCCAGCACCACAUUUACCGCCUGGUCAGGGACUGAAGAAGGAGCCCACAGUUGGCUCAACCCCAGAACACCUUCCUCCCAGGAAGGACCCUCCAGCUCUCUUCACGAUUCUUAUUUGGGAAGGGGGCUGUGAUGGAAAGGGGCUGACCACAGAGGCCUGAACAACAAGGACUGUCUCCUAUUAGAAAGGACCCCCAAACCUGCUUGGUGAGCUGAACAAACCAGGACUGAAGAUAGACCCCAGUACUGGGACCUCACAGGGGGUGUCUGAAUCUCCUGAGCAUCAGGGAUUGGGGACAGGAAUAAGACAACCCCCAGGUACACCACUGGUUUCCUGGCCUCUCUCUUCUGGAUGUUUUGGCAGGCCCUGGUUCCACAUUGGCUUGUCUUCUUUCCUUUUUUCCAGCUGUCUCCUCCCCUAAAUAUCUGCUCCCCCCUUCUGAUCUGUGAUGUCACAAAUUGAGGAUUAACCUUUUUGUGCAGAGCCAGGUGGGCCCUGCAAAUAUUUUGUUUUUUUAAAAAAUAUAACGAAGUAUUUAUA